AUGUUGGAGAACAUACAUGAUAUUAUAAAAUAUUUUCCUGAAUGUAGCAGGAAAAUAGAAGAAAAAGUACAUAAAUUUGAAACAGAAGAGCACGAUAAUUACUUAGGUUUGACAAAACAGUGUCAUCUAUAUGCUGAUAGGGAUAAAUUGAGAGAUGUAAGCUUUGAUGUCCGUGGACCUAAAGACAUAUGCGUACAAGCUAUGGAAUAUUUAGUUGAUGUUAAUACUGCAACAUCUGGAAGCUUACAUGAAGCAGGUUGUGCAUACUUUUACUACUGGAUAUAUGAUGUCCUUAAAAAUGGCAUAAAAGAAAUUAGUGACAUCCAAGAUAUUUAUGAUCAAUUGAUAGAGAUAUUUAUGAAAGAAAAAAAUAUACCAAUAAUUAAUCUAUGUGAAUCCAAUAAAAAUCCCAUUAAAAAUGAUGAUUUUCAUAAAAUCGUAUUAAUAUAUGAUCUAUAUAAUUCAAUAUAUAAAAACGAUAAGGUACUACCUAAAGAGGCUGUUUUUGAAGAAGCACUAAAAAUACUGAAGCGAUAUUAUGAAGAAUUAGUAAGUAAGCCUAGGGAAAUUAUUGAAAUUGUAAAAGAAGCUUCUUGUAAAAAUAAUAGCGCAGUUACAAUAGUAAUUACAUUUUUUGUAACUAUCAUGUUUACGAUAUUCGGUUCGUGGUGGCACAAUAUAAUAAAUAAAAAAAUAAAUCGAUGGAAUAAUACAAAUGAAGAAUGGAAUACCUAUCAAAGAUCUGAAAUAUACAGCACUAUAUCAAGAGACACUGGACAUAAUAUGUUAUACUUUUCCCCAUAA